AUGGAAGCAUUAGGUCAAUUUUAUGAAAGCAUUGGAUCAUACAUGGAAGUAUUAGAUCAAUUUUAUGAAAGCAUUGGAUCAUACAUGGAAGUAUUAGAUCAAUUUUAUGAAAGCAUUGGAUCAUAUAUGGAAGUAUUAGAUCAAUUUUAUGAAAGCAUUGGAUCAUAUAUGGAAGUAUUAGAUCAAUUUUAUGAAAGCAUUGGAUCAUACAUGGAAGUAUUAGAUCAAUUUUAUGAAAGCAUUGGAUCAUAUAUGGAAGUAUUAGAUCAAUUUUAUGAAAGCAUUGGAUCAUACAUGGAAGUAUUAGACCAAUUUUAUGAAAGCAUUGGAUCAUAUAUGAAAGCAUUGAAAAAUUUUAUGAAAGCAUUGAAUCAAUUUUAUCAAAGCAUUGAAUUUUCUUAUUUUAUGAAAGCCGUGGAUCAAUUUAUGAAAGCAUUGGAUCAUAAUCUAUAA